GGAAGUUGGAGGUUUGCUUUCACGUGUGAGGAUUGAGUUUUGUCAUAAAAAAUAUAAGUUGUUACGUCGCAAUUUUGAGUGACCGUCAGCAUUUUUUAAAUGCAAAAUGGGAAAGCGGUGAGUCUACAAUAUGUUCUCUAAGGCGAUAUGUGAGUGCAUAAGACUUGAAUUGUAGGUAUAUCAAUGUAGCCCAAAACAAGAGUCCACAGGUUUAAGGACGUACUACUUUCAUAAGAAGCACUUCCGCUUCGCAACCAUAUUGUUGAAUCCGUUGCUAAGUGAGCCUAUUCCCUGUAACUAUGGCCCGGAACGCGGAGGGUGAAUUUGUACUUCAUGGCUUCAAAAGUAUUAUAAGGGAAAAGCCACAUGAGUAUCUGACAAACACGCAGAAAACCCCCACAAGUCACCAUCUGGCAUUCCAAAGACCAUCCGGCACUUGGCCCUUACUCGAUGGAAGGGACAGUGUUUCUGUUGUAAGAGAUUCUGUAGAAUAUUUAGUAAAGGACAGCCCCAACAUUGAUGAGUUGGAACAGAGUUUACAAGAGCUGAAGCUCAAAGUUAACAGUCUAGCCUCUAGUCUGAAUUUUGGAAGAGACAGUGAAAGUACAGGAGAAACUGAUGCAUCACUAUCCUCUAGUUCCUAUGCAUCACGGACAGGAGAUUACAGCAGUACAGCUGCAGGGAAAAGGGGUUUGAGUGCACUCCAAACAGCUAGAGAUGCAGACUGGUAUAACAACCCAGGACAUUUAGAAGCAUCAUCGGGAAAUUACUCUUCACUUGAAAAGCUGCCAAUUUCAACAUUUUCUCCUUCACUCUUCAAUGGACUUGGGUCUAUUAGGACUGAAAUUAAAAGCACAAAUCACUCAUUGUCAAAAGUUUCACCUAUGGAUUUUACCUACAAAGAAACCUUUCCAGUGAAACUUGGUGCUCCUCACGUAAUAGGAGUAAAGUCUUUGUUACCCCCCAGAAUACCAGUAAGAUCCUGUUCACCUGGGAAAACAAAAUCCUUACUUAUCAGAGGGCGUUCCCAAUCUCUUGAUCGCUCAGCUGGCAGUCGAUCACAGUCUUUAUCACCAGCUUCAAAAAGAACACGUUUUUUGAGGUCACGAUCGCAAUCUCCAAAGCCAGUUUGGAGACCAAACUCUGCCAAGACAAAUGCUUGUGCUCAGCCUCCACCACCAGUUAAUAGGCCAAAAUCUGGGGCCAGGAUGACUGCAUCUAGUAGACCAUCAAGAUUAAGGUUUUAUAAGCCUGGAGUAUAUGCAGCUCGAUCUUAUCCCUCACCAAAAAGUACUACAAAAGAAGCUCUCCGCUACUCCUGGUCUCCUUAUAGUCUUCCUUCCUCAUCACUGUCAUCACCAAGUGCUGAAGAAGUGAAUGAAAGGUUUCUGCAGUCACUUACUGAGAAGAACAUGAGACGGUCUUUAGUAGAAAUGUCACCAUACCAGGAGGAGCUUACUCAGCUGCGACUGCAGCGCUUGCGUGUAGAGGAAGAACUACUCCUGGAACUGAAGAGACAACAGGAACUAGAACGAACCAGAGGCCCAAAGGCAAAGUGGUAUGAAAUGAAAGGUCCUCAGUUUCAUUAUGAAGCCCACAAGAAUGCAGAACUGCUGAAAAGCAGCCAGGAGUGGCAAAGUAUUUACAAUUACAGGCAAGAACUGCAGGAAGCUUCUGACAGUUUUCAUCAAAACUUUCAAUAGACAUUUUCGGUCCUUUUAAAGGAAACGGAAGACCUUGAAUAUUCUUAGUGCCUGCAUUACUGAGUCCAGAUGACCAAAUUAAAUUAAUUCAUUGGAACUGCUGUGAUGCAUGCAUGAAAAAUAUCUGCAUAUUCUUAAUUCUGGUACCACAAGACAAAUAGACAUUUGUUAUGAUCAACAUGGUUCAAGAGAGCAUGUUUGAAUUUAGUACAACCAUUUCUAGAGUUUUAAAUACAUCUGAAUGUUAUUGCUUACUUUAUAUUAAGCCCUUAAAUGCUGAGUGCAUUUAAUGCCACAUAAUAUUUAACAUAUAAUAGACUGUAAAGUGAUUCAUCUAACAAUUUUACACAAUGCACCUACUGUCCUCCAGAGUAGAUGUGUCCGAUAGCCAGGUACUUCACAGUAUGCACUUUCUGACAAGGUAAAGCAUGAUGUGACAGCUGUAACUAGAAGUGCCUUACUGUUAGUCUCAGGCUUUUCUAGUGGUUUUCCUGCAGUAGAAAUUCACAUGAAUAUUUAUAUAACAUGCAAAUAAAUACCUGUUGUUUUAACUGGC